UUUCUAUUGUGUGCAAGUUCAUACAUUUUUUCCACUCUCCGUUACCUACUUAAAGAAAAUUACUUCUUUCUCUUUCACUCUUCUUGUAGUACCCAUUUCCUACUAAUCUCGCGAGUGAUAGUGUUUCUUAACCAUCAUGGCCCCAGGGCCGAAAAUGAAAACGGGAAAUAGGUUCAGCGCGCUCGAUGAAGUCGCACUUUCCGAACCCCAGUCGAAAAGAAAUAAAACAACAUUUAAUCCCCUUGAACCAUUCCCCAAUCUCCCUAAAACCAUCAAUUAUAAAAACCCUAGAUUUAUAGUUAUUGCCCCUCAAAGUGAAAAUAAACCUCUUUCAUCAGUGAGCAUUUUUGCAUUGAGAAAAGCUAUAGAUGCCAUAAGCACUGAAUAUGAGCAGAUCUCACAACUCAGAGACGGUAAAAUAUUAAUCCUUACUAAAAAUCAAACUGUCGCAGACAGAUUCAUUUCCACAAAAAAUCUAUCUAACCUUUGUCCUGUCACGAUCACCUUGCAUAACCAACUUAACUCGUCUAAAGGCAUAGUCUACGCUCCCUGUCUUAUUAACGUUCCCGAGGUAGAAAUUAUAUCGGAAAUGAAAAUGCAAAAAGUGACGGAUGUCUACAAAUUUACUAAACAAGUAGAUGGAAACCAACGUCCAACAGGCUUGAUGCUUUUUACUUUUGACACUUUUCAAACUCCUAAUACUGUUGAAAUCGGCUGGUACAAUGCCAGGGUCACUGAAUAUAUUCCUAAUCCCAUGCGGUGCCGGAACUGCCAGUUACUUGGGCACACCACCAAACGAUGCAACGGUACCCCCAUGUGCCAGAUAUGUAAUCUUCCUCCACAUGCUAACUCGGAGUGUUCCAGAACUUUGUGCGCAAAUUGCCUCGCCUCCCAUCCCUCUUCAUCCAAAGACUGCCCAAAGUUCAUUCAAAUGAAAGAAAUUUUAAAAAUCAAAACUCAGAAAAAGUGCAGUUUAGCAGAUGCUAAACGCAUCUACAAUGACCAGUUUCCCUCCCAACUUAAUACAAAUCAAGACACAUUUGCCAGUAAAGCAAAACAAUCUAACCCCGCACUUACCUCUUCACCACCAACUGAAUCGAUAUCAACCACACAUGUGACAAACAACAAAAAAAUACCUGACCUACAAAUAGUAACGGACAAUCAUACAAACAAAAAGACACAUUUCAUCCAAAGCAAUAAUACUGAACAAAAUUUACCUUCAUCUUCCGAACUUCCACCACCAUCACUACCCCCGAAAUCUCUUCAAAUAUCCACACAAGCAAUUGCAGCUGGACUAAAAAAAAAUAAACAAAUAAACACAACUACACUUACUUCUAACGAAUACAGUAACAAUACAUCUUCAAAUUCUACACCAACAAAUAAUAACACGAACAAGACAGACAAAAACUCAAAUUUAAAUACCUCUCAAUCGAGCUCAACUCAAUCAAGCUCCUCCCCCUUAUCCAAAACAACUCAAUAUCUUAUCGAUAACAACCAAUACUUUGUUCCCACUCCAAUGGAUGACGAUGACAGCCCAUAAUACCCACAAAAUUAACUUCACAGACAACGGCUCUGCU